CUAGUCGCCCAAUACAUUGAAGCCUCAGAUGCUGUCACUACACCUCUCGUCAAGUCUAUAGUUCCCGCUUAUUCUCCAAAGUUUUGGGACGAUUUAAGUCCGCGCUUUUUUGUCACGUUCUGGACGUUGACGAUGUACGACCUACAGGUGCCCACACAGAGCUAUGAGCGAGAGCUCAAACGAUUCAAAGACCAAAUCCAAAGCGCCGAAGAAAACAAAGAUUUGGCACCAAAUAAGAAGAAGAAGGAAAAAGAGAGAUGUCUUUCAAUGAUGGAAAGAUUGGCCGACGAAGACUCGCGACAACAGGAACACAAUAAACGGGUGUUGGCUCGACUCCAGAAGGAGAAAGACCAGUGGUUUCAGUCAAAAGUGGCCAAAAUGGAAAUGACUACUCAAUUCUUACAGCACUGUCUCUUUCCUCGGUGUAAAUUUGCUGCGUCUGACGCCCUCUUCUGCGCCAAAUUUGUCCAUUUAUUGCAUUGUCUGCAAACUCCCAACUUUUCUACUCUUAUUUGUUACGAUAGGGUGGAUUUUUGGCGAUAUUUCAUAUACGAUGUGUUCGUGUACUGAGAAUGAGGCCAACCAUUACGGACGCUUCCUUUGCUCAC